AUGGCAUCCUGGCGCGGCACUCGCCGGCGCCAUGUCGCUCUCGUCUUUCUCUUGGCAGCUGCAUUCCUCUACUUCUUCCAACGACAACCCGCGAGCACCAUGUACGACCACACCGGCCGACUCAAGCAAAAGCCCGGCUCGUCGGAGACGGAGAUGGUCGUGGCAAGCAUGAAGAAGGAGAAUACGACGUGGCUGCAGAGCGCUGUACCCCAGUGGAAGAAGAACAUCUACGUGGUGGACGACCCACGGGCGCAGCUGACGGUGCCCGUGAACAAGGGACGGGAAGCUAUGGUCUUCCUGACGUACAUUAUCGAUCGAUACGACACCCUGCCGGGAAACAUCAUUUUUCACCAUGCCGAGCGCUUCCAAUGGCAUAACGACAACCCCGACUACGAUGCUCUGCCGCUACUGGAGUCUUUCAAGCUUUCACACCUAAAAUCGGAAGGCUACGUCAAUCUGCGCUGCGUCUGGGUGCUCGGGUGUCCAGUAGAGAUCAGGCCUGCCAAGGACGAGUCGCCGCCAAGGGAGCAUGAGCCAGUGACGGCCAAGCACGUGUACAAACCUGCGUUUGAGGAGCUGUUCCCAGGACAGCCGAUGCCAGACGAGAUUGGGGUGUCCUGCUGCUCGCAAUUUGCGGUACGGCGAGAGGUCAUUUGGAGACGGCCAAAGGAGGAGUAUGAGCGAUACCGGGACUGGCUGGUCAGCUCGCCUCUCGGGGAUGACCUGAGCGGGCGAGUGUUAGAGUACUCCUGGCACAUUAUCUUUGGCAAAGAGGCCGUGCACUGUCCCGACGCGGGCACGUGCUACUGCAAGCUCUACGGCAUGUGCGAUAUGGAGUGCGAGAAGGACAAGUGCAAAGGACAGUAUCUCCUACCGCCCUUUUCCACAUUACCAGAUGGUUGGCCUAGACGUGGGUGGAAGGGCGAGGAUCGAGGCUGGACAGGCGAGCUAUAA